UAUAAAAAGGCCGCGAGCGCCCCUUGAUUUUUUGAAGAAGUAUUACCCUACCCGUCCAUGGUAUUUGAUGAUCGUGCCUUCACCAUGGCUGAAUCUACUCAGACAUAUACAUUUCCACAGCCUAUGUGCGCCAACAAUGACCAGGCUGGAGGUGGCGAUGGGAAAAUUUCAUGUGCUAAAGCCGGAUCAAAAGCAUGUAGUAAGUGCCUAUUGGUCCAGUAUUGCAGCAAAGAUUGUCAAGCCGCACAUUGGAAGUUCCAUAAAAAGGAUUGUCAAUCUCCGCUUAUGAAGAAAUCCUGGAAACCUCAAUGGGCUGUGGAGAAACGAAUGCCGACUUUUAUAACCCCAGGUGGUGAUCUCAGUGCGCCAGUCCAUGAAUGGGUUACUAUGGUUCAGCAUGGGAGUAAGAAGUAUCUGUGGGGAAAUGUUCCUGCUGUAGAUGUGAUCCAGAGUCGCAAGAAUGAGGGAGAAACCUUUCCAGAGGAAUUCAAUAUAUUGUUUGCAGGUAAGAUAAACUUGAAACUGUGAGGAGACUCUAAUUUGACAAUUGAAUAGCAUCUGGGGAUAUCAGAAACGUUGUCAAAUCCAUGAUUGGACUCCCAGUCGCGUAUACGGGGAAGUGCGAGAUUGUGAUCAACGACAGGGACUUUGACAUUGUGGCGAGAAACGCAAUCUUGCUUCUCACAGCUCUCUUAUUUGAUCCCAUGGAAGCAGCCGAUAUUAUGUUACAUACUUGGUAUUCUGCAUUUUUACCCGAAUCAAUGUUGCAAAAGCUCCAAGAAAAAAUCCUUCCUUUGAUCGAAGAUGUUUGUAUGAAAGUUCGUGACCGUCCUGAGAAGUCUCUACAGUCCAAGACUUGGACAUUCGGCACUCGAAAGCUGAGCUUGACCUUACCAAAGGAUUCAUGGGAUCUUCUUCCAUCGUUUCUCAAAGUUCCUAGUGGUUUGACAACGAGUCAAGCGAAGAAAGUGAUGGUAGAGACUACAUUAGCACCAUCAAGAAGAGAUUAUAUUGAUCGAGCAUUCUAUAUCAAGCCACCUGCUUGGCGUGUUGCUGCUGUCAAGUUUCGUACUGAUGGCAUACUACUGCCAUUUGGGAAUUCUCGUAAAGAAUUCAAUGCACCAAAUCCGUAGGCAAUUCCCAUCCAUUCUAGAGGCAUGAUGGCUAAUCUCAUGGUAGAACGAUGUUUCAAAGCACUGACUUUUGGCCAAUGAUGGACUCUGCAGAUCCAGAGGAAGGAUGGGCUAUCAAUGAAUUCAUGUCGAAACCCCCGCCGUCCCGUAACGAUGUCUAUGGUAGCAUCUACUUUUAUGUGCUCAAACAACUGGAAGAAUUCUGCCAACGAAUGAGUAACUUAAAAGCCCGUUUCCAACUGUUUAGAAUUGAUGCCAUGGACCUGCCAAGUAUUCUAGAUGAGCGUGGUAUUGGAGAGAAUUUCUUUGACAGAAUCGAGGUAGAGCAUCUUCCCGUCCUCAAGGUGAAAAUCUUCAACUGCUAACUGUUCUUAGGUAUCAAAUAUUGGAGAUCGUGGCUACCUUGGACCUCCGAAACUCCUCGCGACAUUUGGUCCCUACCUGAAGCGCAAAUCGCAAAAUCCACACGCUACACUCCUUGCAUUAUUCCUAAACGCUGUACACGAGUCCUAUGAUGCACAAGACCAAAUUGGUAGCAUCAAAGCAGAAAUAGUUCAACUGAAUAAGUACAUGUCACUCGAUGUAGCUACUCUCUCGCGUAUGGAUCAAGAAACAUGGGAUCCAGAAGUUAUCAAAUACCUUAAUGCGAGAUCUGCAUUUCGGGACUUCGACAGACCAUUUGAUAAGUUUCAGAAAGAUUGUUGUUUUAAUGAAAUUGGCCCAAUUGUAGGAUUAAAAAUCAAGAAUAAGAAUACAUUGGUCGAGAAGUGGCCUUUGAGGUUGAAACCUGGGUCUACGCAGGAGGAAUUCGAGAUGCUAUUGGCAUCGGGACACACAGGCUCCGAAAGAUAUGUAGAAUGGGAAAGUUUGACAUAAGAAUUAUUUGGGAACUUUGGGAAAGAGAAGAUGACUGAAAAGAUAAAUUGUCUCAAAAAUUUGGAAGUUGCAUUCUGUGAGACGCUCU